AUGCAUCUUUCUAAGUUCUUCCUGCUUCUGCUGGCCUUCAUAGCAUAUGAAGUCUCUGCAGCUCGACCUCACAAAACGCUUGUUGCAUCCAUCGCUAAAGACACCAAAACUUCCCUUUACAGCAUUAGACUUAACAUCAAUGAGCACUACGUCAUUGACCUCAGUUCUCCUUUUCUGUGGUAUAACUGCCCACUGCAACACCCUCUUGUGAUCUGCAGAUCACCUCAGUGCUUGCAAGCCCAGUCUUACCCUCCACCCUCUUGUAUCCUAGAAUCUAAACAACAACUCCCGCAGGUACCAUGUACUUGUCUGGUCACACCUGUAAAUCCUGUCACCAAAUUGUGUGCCUCGGCCCAGUUGACAUACAAAAAUUUCGCUAUCUCCUCAAUAAACGGUAGUACUCCUACUGGUAGCAUAACAUUCAGUAAUACUUAUGUAUCUUGUGCACCUGACUCCCUCUUGAAGUCCCUGCCUAAAGGAGCUAUUGGCUUGGCUGGCAUUUCCACGGCACCUUUGGCUCUAGUGUCUCAAUUUACUCCUUCAUUUCUUGGACUAAGCAAGAAGUUCGCAAUCUGUUUGCCUGACACAGAUGCAGCCCCUGGCCUGGUCUUCUUUGGGGAUGGCCCGUAUAAUCUGCUGCCUCCAACAAAUUUUGAUGUAGCAAGCAUUCUCACUUACACUCCAUUGCAAAAGAUUCCAAAAUCACCAGAUUAUUACAUUGACAUUAAGGCUAUUUCAAUAGGUGGAAAGGCGAUUCCUGUUCCAAGAAAGUCGCUAGCAGCUGAUAAAUUAGGCCACAGCGGGGUGAAGCUCAGCACAGUUGUCCCUUACACCACACUGAGAGCUGAUGUUUACAAGGCAUUUGUCAACAGUUUUAUAGAGUCCACUCAGGGCCUUCCUCAGCUAAAUGCAGUGAAGCCAUUCAGAUUAUGUUUCAACUCUACUGCAAUUGGCUUUAGUCGGGUUGGUUUGCAUGUGCCUCCGAUUGACUUGGAGUUGGCAAAUGGCAAGAAUUGGACAAUAUUUGGCGCAAACUCUAUGAAGCAAGUCAGUGAAGAGAUAGCCUGUCUGGCAUUUGUCAAUGGUGGGAAGACAGCUGAACAGGCAGUUCUGAUUGGAUCAUUCCAGAUGGAGAAUAACUUUUUACUGUUUGAUCUAGCAAAGUCAACGCUGGGCUUCAGUUCUUCCCUGUUCUUUAUUAGGACCACAUGUGGUAACUUUAAUUUUACAAAUGUACCAUGA